CGGGGAGAGAUGCCAAUCAUAUCAUGUAGCAGGUGCAACUCGAGAGCCAUUGCGGAGUAUUUCUUUCUGGCGGUGAGACGAAAGAUAUGAAUGACAGCUGAAUUGAAGGUGAGCUGGUUUUGAGAGUGCCGGACCAGUAGCGUCACCGUCAAGUUGGCGACACCAUGGCAUCUGGAGUUGCAGCAUGGCUCCCCUUUGCCCGGGCAGCCGCCAUCGGCUGGAUGCCUGUGGCCAACUGCCCCAUGCCCAUCGCCCCAAGAGACCACAGCAAGAGAAAGGACGAGCUGAUCAUACUGAACGUGAGUGGACGGCGCUUCCAGACCUGGAGAACCACGCUGGAGCGGUACCCGGACACUCUCCUGGGCAGUUCUGAGAAGGAGUUCUUUUACAACGAGGAGGCCAAGGAGUACUUCUUCGACCGCGACCCGGACGCCUUCAGGAGCGUGCUCAAUUUCUACCGCACGGGGAAGUUGCACUACCCGCGCUACGAGUGCAUCUCGGCCUACGACGAGGAGCUGGCUUUCUUCGGCAUCAUCCCCGAAAUCAUCGGCGACUGCUGCUACGAAGAGUACAAGGACCGCAAGCGGGAGAACGCCGAGCGCCUCAUGGACGACCAGGAGGAGAACAAGGACGCCAAGCUGCCCAACAUGACCUUCCGCGAGACCAUGUGGCGGGCGUUCGAGAACCCGCACACCAGCACCAUGGCGCUGGUGUUCUACUACGUCACCGGCUUUUUCAUCGCCAUCUCGGUCAUCACCAACGUGGUGGAGACGGUGCCGUGCGGCUACAAGAGCCAGAAGGACGUGCCGUGCGGCGAGCGCUACACGGUGGCCUUCUUCUGCAUGGACACGGCCUGCGUGAUGAUCUUCACCGUGGAGUACCUGCUGCGGCUGUUCGCCGCGCCCAGCCGCUACCGCUUCAUGCGCAGCGUCAUGAGCAUCAUCGACGUGGUGGCCAUCCUGCCGUACUACAUCGGCCUGGUCAUGACCGACAACGAGGACGUGAGCGGCGCCUUCGUCACGCUGCGCGUCUUCCGCGUCUUCCGCAUCUUCAAGUUCUCGCGCCACUCGCAGGGCCUGCGCAUCCUGGGCUACACGCUCAAGAGCUGCGCCUCGGAGCUGGGCUUCCUGCUCUUCUCCCUCACCAUGGCCAUCAUCAUCUUCGCCACCGUCAUGUUCUACGCCGAGAAGGGCUCCAGCUCGAGCAAGUUCACCAGCAUCCCGGCCUCGUUUUGGUACACGAUCGUCACCAUGACUACUUUAGGUUACGGGGACAUGGUGCCCAAGACGAUUGCCGGGAAGAUCUUCGGCUCGAUUUGCUCCCUGAGCGGGGUGCUGGUAAUCGCCCUGCCCGUGCCUGUCAUCGUGUCCAACUUUAGCCGAAUCUAUCACCAGAACCAGAGAGCCGACAAGCGGCGUGCUCAGAAGGUACAGAAAGCCCGACUCGCCCGGAUAAGAAUAGCCAAGAAGGGGAGCACCACCGCCUACCUGCAGACCAAACGCAACGGGCUGCUGAACGAGCUGCUGGAUCUCACGGCCUCAGAGGUGGAACAGCAGCAUCUGAACAAGACCUCAUCCCUGCUUGAGAGCCAACAUCACCACCUAUUGCACUGUUUGGAAAAAACUACUGGCCACGAGUUUGUGGACGAGCAGCUAUUUGAGCAGAACUGCCUGGAAGGGGCCCUGCAGCCGUACCGCUCCCACUCCCGCACCCCCUCCGCCUCCAGCCAGGACGGCCCCACGGGCACCUGCUGCUCCCGCAGGAGCAAGAGGGGCUCCACCCCGGUGCCCAACGCCAGCCAGCCGCACAUGCUCACGCACACGCUGCCCCAGUCGCCGGGCCUGCAGGAGCUCAGCGCCAUCAACAUCCAGUGUGCCGAGCAGCAGCUCCACGGCAGCAGCCGUUCUAAUCUCAACAUGCAGACCAACGAGGUGGACCGUCGCAACACCCGGCAGCAGCAGCAGCAGGUCACCACGGCGAUCAUCAGCGUCCAGACGCCCAGCACGGGGAGCUCCGCCUCGGACGAGGACCACGACCACGGCCUCGGCCUCCCCAGCGUCGUGACGACGGCCAGCUCCAACGUCAUCAAGGUGUCGGCCCUGUGAGAGCGCGAGCGCGAGCGCCGGGGCGCGGCCGAGCACAUACAGCACAAAAAGCACUGUGGGGUUUGCGAGCCUACGCAGACCACCCGGUCCCCUUCCACAUCAUGGCACACUGACACUGUUGGGCCCACUGUUCAUGGACGGCGUGUUGUGGGGCAAAGACGACGAGAUGAUGGUGAUAAUGGAGAGAGAGAGGCACAGAGGGGGCCCAUGACAUUGGUCUUUGCUCUGCACAUCGUCCCUCUCUCUCUCUCUCUCUGUGCAAAGUGACUUUGUGUUCCUGAUGACUGUGCCGACCCAAGGAGCACAGGGUUCAUCAGGUAUAGCUGUGGAAAAUAAGUCUGUGAGUAGCAAAGACUUGGGGGGGGGGGGGGUUGUUACUGCAAGUUUGAUUGUUCUUGUUUGUGUCUCCCUUCAUUGUACUGUACAGUACAUCACAAAGAUUUACUGUGCUCUGCCACCGCUAUCCUGCUACUUUAUUCUGUGUGUUUUUGAAGAGUCAGAGUAUAAGUCUGUAUGCUGUCAGUGUGAGAGCAACAUAUCAGGUGAACAUGAGAUUGUGUACUUUUUAACUUUUGUUUAAAGUUAUCAACAUACAGUAGAUACUGCCUGUCAGAAUCACAACUUAGUGUUUAGAUGCUGAUGGUUUUUUUUCCAGAUUUAACUGUUUUUCUCUCUUUCUCUCGCCUCUUUCUUUAAAAAAAAUCACUGUGUUUGACAUUCUCUCAUUUUGUUAAGGACUGUUAGCAGUGUUAACAUUUGAAUUAGUUGUACGUAUAACACCAACUAACAGCAGUUAAUCUAAGUUGUUCAUCAGUAUUCUUUAAAACAUGGUGAGUUCCAUUCUUUUAAUCAGCUGUAGAUCUUUUAGCAGCUCAGUGAUCAGUGCCAUGGCUGCAGGUUAACCAUAAAGAUUUACGGUCUAUAUCUUUAUCCCUCUCAAAUGUGAAAAAACAAAAAAUCUUUGUGCAUUUCUCCUGUUUAUUUAGCAGUGAUGGAUGUCCAAUGGAUACUUUUAACAGGUAUACUUGUGUAGUCUCCACAAGCUAAACGUUUGUUACACUAUGAUUUAUGCAUUCUUGGUCCUUCAUAUUUCUCCAACGUUCUGAUUGAGUGUUGAAUUUUGCAGUGAUUUUAAAUCAUGACCUUUGUCCAGAAGAGUAACUUAGUCAACAUAUUAAGAACAUGUCAAUGUGUUGCCUUUCUCCAAAGUAUAUACUAUGAGUCGUGGGUCGGUUGAAGUUGGUGAAUGAAAUGUAAAACAGUGGCUAAUGUGGUAAAAUAGUCUAAAUGAAUUUUCUCACAUUCCUUGUUUGCUUGUUAUUUAUGGUGUUAAUUGCAUCCUCAUCAACAUCUAAACACACCUGUUACAAAAGUUCUCUGGCAAAUUGGUAUUUGCGUUCAGCUUUGUCAUGUUCUAUUCUACAGUAUCAACAAUCUUGAAGGCAUUUUCACUUGCUGCAUUCCUUACCACGUGCGUUCUGAAGUUUGAUUUUCUUUGGCAGCCUGGUAGAAUAGAAAUACUGUCUGUGUCUACAGCUGUGGGUGGGAUGUUGGACAGUGGCAAUUGUUAGAGUGAAGCGGCACUGGAAUACACAGCUGGUUUCUAGCUUGCUGAAACGAAAUCUCCCUGCAGUAUUUCUCCUUACACCCCUUAAGAAGAGCAUCCUGUUAUUUCUGAUGCCCUCUCAUUUUGGUUGUUUCCACGACUCCUGUUUCUGUCUGUCUUUUGUGUGUAUUCUGUCAGAUGUUGGUUCUUCUUUAUGACUUUUGUCCUGUGACAUGUCUGAUAAAGAUUUAAAGU